UUUACUAUCUGUGGAAGUAUGGAAGGUGAUGAAUGAGCUGUCUUCAGAACAUUGUCUGCGGAUUAUAUUUGACAUAAAUUUUUUUAUGAUCGAUGGUAGAUUGAUUAUCAAAUCUAUUUUUUUUGUUUAUUUUUCGUACUCCUGUUUCCGACAAAGGCUCAUCUGUUUACUAUAGUCCUCGUACUCCCUUUCUGUUGAUUUAUAGCAACUGAUGUUAUAUUUGGGUGGUGUAUAUGUAUUGGGUACUUAAAAACAGGAAUACCUAAGUAAUUUUAAAGACGUAGGAGACCUAAGAAAUCUAUUUUUAUUUUGUGAUAACGUCAUUACGAUAGUGAAUCCUUGGAAGUACGGGGUUGGAAAACAAACGAUGAUGUCUGGUGGUCAUAAACAUCGUUAUAAGAAUGCGGGCUUGAGCGCAGACGAGUUACGUCGUCGGCGUGAAGAAGAAGGAGUUCAGCUUAGGAAACAAAAAAGAGAGCAACAACUGUUCAAAAGAAGAAAUGUUAAUCUUCCUGCUCCAAAUGUUCCAGAUAUUGCCCCGCAGGAGGAUUUCAAUGUUCCAUCAUCUGAUGACAUCACUCCUGAUAUGGUGGCUGCUCUCUAUAGUGACAAUCCUGAGGAACAAGUUGCAGCAACUCAAAAGUUUCGUAAACUUCUUAGUCAAGAGCCAAAUCCACCUAUUGAAGAAGUUAUUCGAACUGGAAUUGUACCUAAAGUAGUUGAAUUUUUAACCAAUCAUUCGAAUCCAACUCUCCAGUUUGAGGCAGCCUGGGCUCUGACUAAUAUUGCAUCAGGUUCUUCAGAGCAGACUCGUGUAGUUGUGGAUUGUGGCGCUGUAGGUGUUUUGGUGGGCUUGGUGGCAGGCAGUGCCGGGGACAAUGUACGCGAGCAAGCUGUGUGGGCACUUGGCAAUAUUGCUGGAGAUUCACCGCGAUGCCGUGAUACUGUUUUGGCUGCUGGCAUAUUGCCCCCCUUGAUAGAUAUAUUGAACAAAUAUACGAAAUUGUCAAUGACAAAGAAUGCUGUCUGGACAUUGUCAAACCUGUGUAGGGGCAAAAACCCCCCAACGAACUUUGAAGCUGUUGCACCAGGCAUUCCAGUUUUAGCAAACCUGUUACAUCACACGGAUGCAGAUGUGCUAAGCGACGCUUGUUGGGCUCUGUCCUAUUUAUCUGAUGGACCAAAUGAAAAGAUUCAGGGAGUAAUUGAUGCUGGUGUAUGCAGGAGAUUAGUUGAAUUGCUAAUGCAUAAUAAAUCAACAGUUGUAUCGGCGGCACUUCGAGCAGUUGGUAAUAUUGUGACAGGUAACGACGCGCAGACGCAAGCAGUGCUCAACUGCAACCCAUUACCGAACUUGCGUGCUUUAUUGCGAUCUACCACUGAAACACUUCGUAAGGAAGCCUGCUGGACCUUGUCAAACAUAACGGCAGGAAAUGCUGCGCAAAUUCAGGCAGUAAUAGAUGCAAAUAUAUUUCCUGCUUUAAUUGAAAUUUUGAGGCAAGCUGAAUUUAAAACUAGAAAGGAAGCUGCAUGGGCCAUUACCAAUGCUACUAGUGGUGGAACUCAUGCCCAAAUCCGGUACCUUGUUGAACAAGGGUGUAUACCACCUCUCUGUGACUUGUUGACGCUUACUGACGCAAAGACCGUGCAAGUAGCUCUAAAUGGCUUAGACAAUAUAUUGAAAUCCGGACAACAGUCUGACCAACGGGACAACCCUUAUGCAGUUCUUAUUGAAGAAUGUUUUGGUUUGGACAAAAUCGAGUUCCUGCAAUCGCACGAGAAUUUAGACAUAUAUCAGAAAUCGUUUGAAAUAAUCGAAAACUACUUUGGAUCUGAGGAAGAGGACGGCAGACUAGCGCCGGCGGUGUCGUCCACGACGGACCAGUAUCAGUUCAAUGCCGACCAGUCUGUGCCCAUGGGCGGCUUCCAGUUCUAACCUAGGCUUAUAUUAUAUUAUGCUUUAUAACGACGCUCACUGUGCAAUGUCUCUAUAUAUGCAGAUGUGAACAGAUAUUUGAUAUCUACUUCCCAUGCAAUUUAAUCUAUUGAAAAAAUAAAUGACUCGACACCCUUGUGUAUGUAACUAGUAUUUUGCACUAAUUGUGUAUAUCAUGUAAAAUUUUUAAUUUAUCAUAACAAAAAGGUUUGCCUUUUUAUUUUAUUUUUCAUAUUGUAGAUAACGGCAUCUAGUUCAUUAUUUAGCGAAUGUUAUAUAUUAUUUUAUUGGCUUAUCGCGCCAGUCUUUGUUACUAAAAAUACUUUGUAUAUUGUUAUGUGAAAAAGUAUCGUUUCGUAAUAUAUUGCAGAUUGGUAACA